AUGGAAGAAAUUCUUGAAAUUGUUCCCAAUACGAUAAAAUUCGAUUAUUAAAGUAGAGAAUAAACUAUCUCUAUCUAAAAUUUGACUCUUCAUUAUAUCCAAGUUAGAAUUGUUUCCCCUAAUCCUACUUUAUUUGCAAUCAUUCCUAAUAUUUGUAAAUAUAUAUAUUAUAUCAUUAUUAUAUAGUUUCUAUUGAACCUUGUACAACUACAGAUGUGAUUGUCAAAUUAAAUUUAGAUUUUAAAAUGAACUUUUAUUCACUUAUCAUGAACAGAAAGCUAACUAUAUUUUAUUAUGAUGUUGACGAUGUUGAAGAAUUGGGUAAAAAUGAUAUGGAUUGGCAUAAAUUACCUAUUAAUUUUUUAGGGAGAAGUGAAAUAAAUGUUGAUUAUAAUACAAAUUGUGACAAAUAUCAAAUACUUAAAUCAGAGAAGUAAAAAAAGUUUAUGGAAAGUGUUCAAAUAUUUUAAGCUUUGUUUAUAAAAUAAAAAAAUAUAUCUUUGAAUGAUGAAUACAAAAAGAUAUUAAUUAAUAAAUAUCUAGAAUUGCAUAAUAAAUAUCAAACUUAUAAAAUUAUGGAAGAUAGCAUAAUUUUCAUUGGUAAUAAUUUAGAUUUAGAAAACGAAAUCUAUUGUAUAGAAAAUCAAUCAUAAAUUUAUUAUGUUUCUUCAUACAAACCAACCUACUUAUAUCAUGCUUUUCCAUAAUAUCCAAUUGAACCACUUAGUCCAUAAAGCCAAAGGAAGAAAAGUUCCUAAUAACCUUAAUAAAUACAAGAACCUAUAAAAUUAACCAAGAGUGAAAGUGAACCUCCUAAUUAACAUUCCUUAAUUGAUUUAUCUCCAGUCAAAUAAUUUUUCUCUGUAUUCACAUCUUCCAAAUAAAAACAUGAUGAAACUACUGAGUAAUAAAUUUAAGUUGAAUAACCAAUUAUUUAGCCUUAACUUAUUGAAUCAUAAAAAAUGUAGUAAUAAUAAUAUGAAACAAGGGAAUAAUAAUAAGUAACAAGAUAAACUGAUAGUAUUAAUACAAAAGAAGAUAAAUAAAAAAUAGAAUAAUAAUAAUAAUAGUCAUCACAAUAAUAGUAAUAAUAAUAAUAAUAAUAGUAACCAUAAUAAUAAUAAUAAUAAUAAUAAUAAUAAUAAUAAUAAUAAUAAUAAUAGUAACCAUAACAAUAAUAAUAACAAUAAUAAUAACAAUAAUAACAAUAAUAAUAAUAAUAAUAAUAAUAAUAAUAAUUAUAGCAAGCUUAAAAAUAAUAACCUCAAUAAGCAAAGAUUUAAUAAAAAUUUUACAAUCAAGAAGCAAGUGUACCUGAAACAAAUAGAAUAAAUAAAAGAUUAAUUAAUGAAUAAAAUAAUGGAUAAAAGAAUGAUUAAAAAGCAUUAUCUAUAGAUGGGAGGAGAAGUCUAUAGAUAAUUGAUUAGAAAAAUUAAUAAAGAUUAAAUGAAACUGCUGAUUUGUCAUGGGAUUAAAAGGCCAAACUUUAAUAACAAUAGAUGACUUCUCCUCCUGUAGAAUUCAAAGGAAUAGAUAACAUGUAUUGAUAAUCUUAUAAUAGUAAGUUAGAAUUAAUAAGCAUGCUACAAAAUUAAUGAAUUAGCAUAAUUAAAAACCUAUCAAUAGAUCACUGAUGUUUUAUUGUUCAGAGAUGGAAAGUAUUUAAUAACAGUUGGAGAGAAGAAUGAUAUAAAAGUAAUAAUUGAUUAAAUAUAUUAAAAAGGUUUGGCAACUAUCAAUAAGAGGUCUUGUUGGAACAAUAAAGGAACUUGAAAAUAAGAAGGAAAGAAAGAUUUUACUUAUAAAAGAAUGGAGAUAUGUAGAUCCAUCGGCAGAUGAGAAUUAUGAGUUUGAAUUGAAGGAUCCUAAAAAUGAAGGCAAAGUAAAGAUGGAAAUUAUUAAUUUAGAGUGAAGAAUUAUACACUCCAUACGAAACUGCUUAUAGAUUUGUAACUGGUUCAGAAGAUUAAAUAUUUAGGAUAUUUAAUUUGACAACCAUGACUUUAGAGUAAUCAUUUAAUUCUAGAUUACAAAUACCAACUGCUAUUACAUUUAUGCCUGAUAGAGGACUAUUUUGUAUAGGAGGUCAACCAUACAAAACAAUAUUUGGAUAAACCAGAAAGUAUAGAUCAAUAAGAUUCUUUUUGAUGAAGAAUUUAUUGGAGAAACCAAAAUAUAAGAUAUUUUGUAAAUCAGAAGAUGAAUAUCUAAAUUAAGUUAUCUAUAGUGAAAAUCCUAUUAGCAACCAAAAAGAAUAAUAUCAUGCAAGAAUUAAUAAUAUAUUAGCAAUAUAAAUCAUCAGAAGAAAUAGUUAAGGAAAAUAGAUAUUGUAAAGUGAUAGAAUCUUGUUUGUAUUUUUGGAUAGAAUGAAUUAAUGUACAGUUUUAUUGACUUUGGAAUGUGAAUCACUUAAAAUAAGAGGAAUUAAUGAUUUAAAAUAUCUAUAUAAAGAAGGAGUUUUUGCUGUUAUUGAAGCUAAUGAUGUAGUUAGUAUGAAAAACACAAAAGUAGAAUAGAAUACUUAAAGAGUAGUUUUAAUAAAUUUAAAAUAAUUAUAAACUUCACAAGGAAGAGAAAGUGGAAUUGAAUGCAAUUUAAUUUAAGAGUAAAGAUCUAAAGUAAACUAUUUAUUUAUUUUUUUAAGUUAUCUGUAUAAAUACUAGCUAAUCCUAUUUUAUUGGUUAUUCCAUAACCAAAGUAAAUCAUUUUUUAGAAUUUUAAUGGAGAAGAUUAGAUAAUUCAUCCCUUAGAAAUUAAAGAUUCUAAAUAGUAGCUUAAUUUUAAUUAUCUAAAUACUAUAAAUAAUUAUGUGAUAUCAAUAGUAGAUGA